AUGCAGAGCGAAAGAGAGAGAGAGUAAGACAGGGGACAACAAAGCCUGAGCAUCACAGGGAAAACUUAUUGUGUGUAUUUGUCCGACAAAAGGUAGCCCUUGAGACUGGAGAACACAAGGCCGUUGUUGGAACAUCAGUGCAAGGUCUGAGUAGCAUCCUGUGUUGUCAGCAGUAAGAGAGAUCCACCCACAGACAGACAGGCAGACAGAGAUACUCUACCAUCCAACAGGACUGGAGCCGUGUCCUCUCAUCACACAGCCAGGAGGUAGAGACCUCCACCACUUUUCCCCUCAGAGAAUCUGUCCUGCUUGCUGAAGGCAUGGCCGGCAACUGGAUCACUGGCCCGUCCAAUCAGACAACAGACUUCGGCAGCGUGUUCACUCACCAGGUGCUCCCAGUUCUCUACGUGCUGAUCGGCGGUGUGGGUUUGGCUCUCAACAGCUUGGCUGCCUGGAUCUUCUUCCGGGUGCCCAGCGACUCAGGCAUGGUGGUCUACUUGAAAAACAUGGUAGUGGCCGACCUGCUGAUGCUGCUCACCUUCCCCUGGCGCGUGGCCAGCGAGCUCGGUCUGGGCGGCUGGCAGGUCCGCGUGGCCGUGUGCCGCUACAGCGCCGUGCUCUUCUACUCCUCCAUGUACGUGGGCAUCAUCUUAAUGGGCCUCAUCAGCCUGGAGCGCUACGUCAAGGUCGUAGGACACUCCUCUUCCUGCACACACCUCCUGUCGCGAGUGGGGUUCACCCGGGUCCUGGCCCUGCUGACGUGGAGCCUGCUGCUGCUUUCCGUCUUCCCCAAUGUUGUGCUGACCAGCAAGCCUGCGGACGAGCAGAGCUCCAGACACUGUGUGCAGCUAAAGACCCCCCUGGGUCAGCAGUGGCACAAGGUGUCCUCGUAUUUCGGUGUGGCCCUGUUCUGGGCCACCGUACUGGUUCUAGCCUUCUGCUACUCUUCCAUUGCCCACCACUUCUACAAGUCGUACCGCCGCGUUCGCCAGGACGACAGCGGGGUGUACAGCAAGUCCAACUGCAGUAUCUUCAGCCUCCUGGUCGUGUUCUUCAUUUGUUUCGUGCCCUACCACAUCUGCCGCGUGACCUACACCCAAAGCCAGUUACCCGGCUCCGGCUUCAGCUGGCACAGCCGUUAUAUGCUGUUCCAGGCGAAGGAGGUCACCCUCUUCCUGUCAGCACUCAACGUGUGCCUGGACCCCGUCAUCUACUUCUUGAUGUGCACUAAGUUCCGCGAGUCACUACUGAAGAAACUGCCCAGAGGCAAGGGAGGGCCAAAGAGAUGUUCCCUUACCACAGAACAGACUGUUAGUAAUAUGUGAUGAGAAGAGGGAGAGGAGAGAGAACAGGUGAGUUGAAAGAAGAAGCAUAUGUGGAAAAAUAGUAAACCAGCAAAAGGCAAGAAUUCUAAAACUAGAUACAGUAUGUGUUUAUAUAUUGCAGGGAGUUCGACUGACCCUUUUGUAAUGGACUCCGCUGGAGACAUGUCUGCAUUAGAAAUGAUAACAGACAUUUGUUUGUAGAAAACACCUUUACAGUAUUAAAAAUGCUUACAUUUCAUUGCUACUGAUGCCAUAGGAUAAGACAUGGGUUAAGACUUUUUUUUGUUGUUGCUUUAAAUCAUAUCAAUGUUGUUUGGAGGUUUGAUUUAAUACAAAUAUUUUUUGCUUUAAUCAUGUCAAUGUUGUUUGGAGGUUUCAUUUAAUACAGCGUCUGUAAAAGUGAAUAAUUGAAAUUGAAAGUUGAAAUUGAAACCUUAUUCUGGUGCUGGUUUUAAAGAUGAUAGAUGAUACACAGAUCAGAGUUUCCUUAACUCAGACCUGCCCCCCCAUUUUGUUUUUUACCCUAGCACUAUACAGCUGAUUCAAAUAAUCAAAGCUUAAUGAUGAGUUAGUUAUUUGAAUCAGCUGUGCAGUGCUAGGGCAAAAACCAUGGAAAUGGUUUAAUCCCCACAUGGGGGCAUUGUGCUUAAGCACACGCACACACGCACACACACACACAGAUACAGCUCCCCUGUGGUUGUAAUAGAUAGAGCCAUGCAAAUGUAGCUCUAUCUAUUACAACCACAGCCAUGUGGAACCGCUAGUCCGUGCCCUAUCAUGCUAGCGAGAUCCUAUUGGUGCGUUCUAGUCACAUUUGCAUAUUUCCGUAAGGGAAUGCCUAGUCUUUGAAGUGCGCAUGUGCAAUACCUCAAUUUGGCUUCGCACUCCUAAACAAUGCAUUUAAAAAAAACUUUGGCAAACGGUAAAGUCCAAAACAAUGUGUCGACUCUGUUCACAACAGAUUCCAGAGUUAUAGCUUUUCAACCUCUGCCAUAUGUGACCGACCGCCUCGAUCCGGUCUUAUGUAGCAACAUUUAAAAUGGUGUUUGUUACACUGGAUAAAAGUAGAUAAUCAGAGCAAGAAAAUGGUAUAUCAUGCACUACAGUUGGGGAACAUGGGAAAGUAAUUCUGCUUUGAAAGUUGAUGAACUUUUGAGAAAAUGUCCCUUGAAUAUUUUGGCACAUCUACUGGAGAGCUCUUAUUUGCCAACACCCUUUCAGUAUCGUUCACACAUUCUUAAGCCUUAGCCCCACCUAUCUCUUUAAAGACUCACAUUUGAGGCCAUGUGGUAAACACACGCUAUAUCAAAUAAAAUCUGAGUUUAUUUGUCACAUGCACAGGAUACAGAAGGUGUAAAUGGUACAGUGAAGUGAUGAGUUGAACAUCACGGACACAUACGUCUUGCCUCCAGACAAACUAAACACCUUCUUUGCUUGCUUUGAGGAUAAUACAGUGCCACCGAUGCGGCCCGCUACCAAGGACUGUGGGCUCUCCUUCUCUGUGGCCGACGUGAGUAAGACAUUUAAACGUGUUAACCCUCGCAAGGCUGCCGGCUCAGACUGCAUCCCUAGCCGCGUCCUCAGAGCAUGCACAGACCAGCUGGUUGGUGUGUUUACGGACAUAUUCAAUCUCUCCCUAUCCGAGUCUGCUGUCCCCACAUGCUUCAAGAUGGCCAUAUUGUUCCUGUACCCAAGAAGGCAAAGGUAACUGAACUUAAUGACUAUCGCCGCGUAGCAUUCACUUCUGUCAUUGAGAAGUGCUUUGAGAGGCUAGUCAAGGAUCAUAUCACCUCCACCUUACCCACUUCAAUUUGCUUACCGCCCCAAUAGGUCCAUAACACUGCACACUGCCCUAUCCUAACUGGACAAGAGGAAUACCUAUGUAAGAAUGCUGUUCAUUGACUAUAGCUUAGCAUUCAACACCAUAGUAACCUCCAAGCUCAUCAUUAAGCUAGAGGCCCUGGGUCUCAACACCGCUCUGUGCAAUUGGGUCCUGGACUUCCUGACAGGCCGCCUCCAGGUGGUGAAGUUAGGAAACAACAUCUCCACUUCGCUGAUCCUCAACACAGGGGCCCCACAAGGGUGUGUGCUCAGCCCCCUCCUGUACUCUCUGUUCACCCAUGACUGCAUGGCCACGCACGCCUCCAACUCAAUCAUCAAGUUUGCAGACGGCACAACAGUAGUAGGCUUGAUUACCCAAAAAAACGAGACAGCCUACAAGAGGAGUUGAGGGCACUCGUAGUGUGGUGUCAGCAAAACAACCUCUCACUCAACAUCAACAAAACAAAGGAGAUGAUUGUGGACUUCAGCAAACAGCAGAGGGAGCACCCUCCUAUCCACAUCAACAAGACAGCAGUGGAGAAGGUGGCGUAGACAUCACGGACAAACUGAAAUGGUCCACCCACACAGACAGUGUGGUGAAGAAGGCGCAACAGUGCCUCUUCAACCUCAGGAGGCUGAAGAAAUUUGGCUUGUCACCUAAAACCCUCACAAACUACCUGCUCUCCAGGACACCCGAUGUCACAGGAAGGCCAAAAAGAUCAUCAAGGACAACAACCACCCGAGCCACUGCCUGUUCACCCUGCUAACAUCCAGAAGGCAAAGUCAGCACAGGUGCAUCAAAGCUGGGACCGAGAGACUGAAAAACAGCUUCUAUCUCAAGGCCAUCAGACUGUUAAACAGCCAUCACUAACACAGAGAGGCUGCUGCCUACAUGCAGACUUGAAAUCAUUGCACACUUUAAUAAAUGGAACACCAGUCACUUUAGUAAUGUCACUUUAAUAAUGUUUACAUAUCUUGCAUUACUCACCUCAUAUGUUUAUACUGUAUUUUAUACCAUCUAUUGCAUCUUGCCUAUGCCGCUCUGUCAUCCAUAUAUUUAUAUGUACAGUAUAUAUUCCUAUUCCAUUCCUUUACAUAUAGUUGUGUACAUUAGGUAGUUGUUGUGGAAUUGUUCGAUUACAUGUUAGAUAUUGCGGCACUGUCGGAACUAGAAGCGCAAGCAUUUCACUACAUUCGUAAUAACAUCUGCGUACCAUGUGUAUGUGACCAAUAACAUUUGAUUUUAUUUGCAUAGUAGCACUAUCAAAAACAGAAAGUGUCCAGAUAAAAAUAUUUUAUAAAUAUUUGAUCAUUAUUAGAUUACUCUUACCCAACACACUUAUCUAAAUUGAUGGGUCAUGUGAAGGAAAUGCUAUAACCACCCCCCAGCCAAGUGGAUGGGUCACUAUUGUCUAGACAUGUACACAUGUUCAUGAAAUAUAAUAGAUGGCCGUAAUCACCCCCAGACACACCUGGCUAGAUUGGUGGCUGAUGUAAUCCGGCUGAAGUGGAGUCUUUUGUUUAGACAUGUACAGUGGUUACUCCUUUAAAAGUUGCGUCAAACUGCGGCACAUCUUGCGUGCUGCCGCAGCAUUCUGUGGCACGUCAUUUAAUUGUCAGCCAUUUUUUCUGUUACUGCAAGUUAGUGCUAGUUUGACCACCAGAGGGCAUCUUUGAGAAGCAUUUGAUAGGUCUUCCAUAUUGGCAUUACCAGAGAUGGGGAGGGCACGCGGGAGAUCAGGGUUCAAUUCCCCGACGGGGAGGAAUGAGUAGGCUGUCCUUGUAAAUACGAACUUGUUCUUAACUGAUUCCAUAUGUGUUAUUUCAUAGUUGUGAUGUCUUCAAUAUUAUUCUACAAUGUAGAGAAUAGUAAAAAUAAAGAAAAAUCCUGGAAUGAGUAGGUGUGUCCAAACUUUUGACUGGUACUUGCUUAAUUAAUUUGAUUAAUGUUAUGGUGUUUCUAUUUCAAUGAAAAACAAAAAACCCUCUGGGUUUCUGUUAGGAUGGAAAGGGAAAUAUGGCGCUGUACAACGUGACGCUAAUAAUUCAGAGUGUUGUCAGAUUGUCAGUUUCUAAAUUCAGACAGUUUCACUCUCACGCUGUAGGGUUGAUUUGAGCGUUCUGGCCUUACAACGGCAGUCAAGCAUCCAAGCUAACAUUGGCUAGCUUGCUAGCUACUUCCAGACACAAAUGAGACCACUCUGACCAUUUUACUCACCCUAGCAGAGCUGGUUAGGCAGUUUUCGUGUUAUCCAAAGCGUUGCUGACUGUAACUGUGCUGCUGGAAACAAUUUAAUUACGCUUUUUUACCAACAUUUACUGA